AUGAAAGGCUUCCUCCAGAAAGCCAAGGCUGAGUGGAAGGACUUCUCGCAGCGUGACUCUCAGCCUGGAGUUCAGCAUGAUCAGCAACAGGUCCCGCCUAGUCACUCUCCGCCUACAGGACAUCAAAACAAUUGUGGUAUCAACGAACCUACAGCUCUUGACGUGUUGCGAUAUCGUUACCAUCAUGGGACCAACUUGGGCUCCGUCUACGUGGUCGAAAGAUGGCUCCAGCCGUCUCGAUUUCCUGAAGGCGCUGAGGGUUCGAGCGAGCUUGCAGCUGUUAGAGCGUGGGUCGACAGGGAAGGUAUCGACUGCGCCAGGCAGAAGUUUGAGCGGCACUGGUCCAGUAUUGUGACUGAUGCGGCCCUUGGAUGGCUAGUCAAAGAGGCUAAGUGUACAACCAUUCGCCUGCCCAUCGGCUACUAUGAUCUGCCUGGUCCCGAGUUCACUCGAGGCACGCCGUUCGAACCCUACGCUCAAGUAUAUUGCGGUGCAUGGAACAGUAUUCGCGCUCUCAUCAACAGGCUGCGAGAGCGCUCGAUCGGUGUCAUGCUCGAUCUUCAUGCACUUCCCGGCGGUGCAAAUGCGCAAGAGCACUCUGGCACGAACAGUGGUCGCGCCGAGUUCUGGCAUUCGGACUCAAACCGUGCCUUGGGUAUACAUUGCGCGCAGUUCCUUGCCCGUGAAGCCAGAUCGGGACUCGACAUAGCUGGCAUCCAGCUCGUCAACGAAGCUGAAUGGGAGUCUCACCGUAUGUACGAAUGGUACGACGAGGCUGUCGCCGCCAUAUCUGCCAUCGAUCCAAGCGUUCCUGUCAUCAUCUCCGACGGAUGGAAUUUUGAUAAAGCAAUCGAAUACUCGCUUCGGACGAACUCCGUCUACACUGAGCGGCCGAAAGCUCCGGUCGUUGUUGAUACGCACUUCUACUGGGCUUUCACGGAUACUGAUAGAAAAAAGUCGCCUCGACAAAUCAUCCAGGAAGUCGGAACGAAAUUGGCCCAGCUCGACGGCAAAGAGGGCUCAGUCAUCGAUCGCGGCGCUGUUCAGACCAUUGUCGGCGAAUACUCUUGUGUGUUGACCGAGGACUCUUGGGCAAAAAGCAACGGAGUGGCAAAAGAAGAGCUUGUAAAACAGUUCGGCGAAGCACAGAGUAGGCGUUACCAGCAGCGUACUGGCGGGAGCUACUUCUGGACAUGGAAAAUGGACUGGAUGCCCGGUGGAGAAUGGGGCUUCAAGGCCCAGACAGAUGCAAGAAACAUCGUACCUCCUCAGCAUGCUGCUCUGUCUUCAGAUGAACGAGCAGAACGUUUAACCAGGGCAAAGUCAGAACAAGGCGGGCGUAAGCAACAGGCGCUCCAGCAACAUGUGAGUUACUGGAAUCAGGCGGACCCCAAUGGCGCCUACGAGCAUGAAAAGUACGAGUACGGCUGGCACGUAGGCUACUCAGACGCGAUGGCUUUCUUCGAAGGACGUGGCACACAAGGUGACGGGAUUGGUAUGCUGGAGCUGUGGGUGCUCAAGAGGAUUAGGGAAAGUGGAUACAGAGGUGGUUUCACAUGGCUGUUUGAACAAGGACUACGGAAAGGUAUCAGCGACUUCGUUGACGUGGUUGGUAAUGGAUGUUCGGCACUUUAA